UCAAGCACUCUUGCUCAGCCAUUUUCUGUUUUCAAAUUCUAUCUCACUACAAACACAAUAGUAUUUAGCCCUAGUUCCUUCGUAGGUUGACACAGGCAUUGACAUUAAUUACAAAGAAAUUGAUUCUUAAAAAAUGGCUGGUGGAGGAUUUACCAGUGCUGGCGGCAAGAGGGCUCAUCUAUACCAGCACAAGAUUACAAGCUUCUUCAUCUUUUCUUGCAUCGUCGGUGCUAUGGGUGGCUCUCUCUUCGGCUAUGAUCUCGGUGUUUCCGGUGGUGUGACGUCGAUGGACGACUUUCUGAGAGAGUUCUUCCCGCAUGUGUACGCAAAAAAGCACGCGCAUCUUAAAGAGACAGAUUACUGCAAAUACGAUGAUCAGAUAUUAACAUUGUUCACUUCGUCUCUGUACUUUGCGGCCCUGGUUUCGACAUUUUUUGCUUCCAGUCUAACAAAGAACAAGGGCAGAAAAGCCAGCAUCAUCGUCGGAUCUAUAAGCUUCUUCGUCGGAGCUGUCAUUAACGCAGCUGCAGUGAACAUCGCCAUGUUGCUCAUCGGCCGUAUCCUUCUCGGCGUUGGCAUCGGAUUCGGUAACCAGGCUGUUCCCUUGUAUCUUUCUGAAAUGUCUCCAGCUAAAGUACGAGGAGCGGUGAACCAACUAUUUCAAUUAACAACUUGUAUAGGAAUUCUGGUAGCAACACUGGUGAACUAUGGCACGGAGCAGCUACAUCCUUGGGGGUGGAGAUUAUCUCUAGGUUUAGCCACAGUUCCUGCAACAUUAAUGUUCAUAGGAGGCGUGUUGUGCCCAGAGACACCAAACAGUCUCGUCGAACAAGGCAGGAUGGAAGAAGCAAGAACCAUACUAGAGAAGAUCAGAGGCACCGCUAACGUGGACGCAGAAUUCGAAGAUCUGAUUGAGGCAAGCAGAGAAGCUCAGGCCAUAAAGAACCCAUUCCAGAACCUAUUGCUAAGAAGGAACAGACCCCAACUUCUCAUUGGAGGGAUAGCUAUCCCGGCUUUCCAGCAGCUAACCGGGAAUAACUCGAUCCUCUUCUAUGCUCCUGUCAUCUUUCAGAGUUUAGGGUUUGGGAAUGGAGCUUCACUGUACUCUUCUGUUAUUACCAGCGUUGCCCUCGUCGUGGCUCCUCUCAUAUCAAUGGCUGUCGUCGACAAGUUUGGUAGAAGAGCCCUAUUCUUGGAAGCUGGUGCUGAAAUGUUAAUCUGCUUGGUGGCGGUGGCGAUAGUUUUGGCAUUAGAGUUUGGAGGAGGGAAACAACUGUCAAGAGGGAUAAGUAUAUUUCUGGUGAUAGUGAUAUUCUUGUUUGUGUUGGCGUAUGGAAGAUCAUGGGGUCCAUUGGGUUGGCUAGUUCCAAGUGAGCUUUUCCCAUUAGAGAUAAGGUCGUCAGCACAGAGUGUAGUGGUGUGUGUGAACAUGAUCUUCACGGCGUUGGUGGCACAGUUCUUCCUGGUCUCACUAUGCCAUCUCAAAUAUGGAAUAUUCUUGUUGUUUGGAGGGUUCAUUGUGAUCAUGAGCACGUUCGUAUUUUUCUUUUUACCGGAAACUAAGAAAGUUCCGAUCGAGGAGAUUUAUCUACUGUUUCAAAACCACUGGUUCUGGAGAAGAUAUGCAGAGGAUGAUCCCGCCCAGUCGCUUUAUAAUACUACCUAGGUAUUCUUCAUCGUGAUCAUGAGCUUGUUCGUAUUGUUCGAUGAAUAAGGCCAAUUCCUAAAGAUGCUUAAAGAGUAAUCUGAUUGUGCGUCCGAGGCAGCCCAGCCACCCAAUGUAAGGCGUGGCUUUCUAUUUGUGUGAAUCAGCAAUGCCAGCCCGUGUUCCGCCGGCUG